AUGGCCACCAGCCGCAAGCGCAAGGCCGACGAAGAUGGCGACGAGAUGUCCCUCUCCCCCAGAAGCUCCCCUUCCGCCUCGGCGAGACAGCUCGCCCGACCGUCGAAAAAGGUCCGUUCCAACGAGCUCAUCGGCCGCCCUCUUACGCUCCCCCGACUCCUCGAGACUUUGGAUCCUACCCAGCUGCGCACCGUCCUCGAGCGCAUCUGCGAGCGCCACCCUGAAAUCGGCCACGAGGUUGUCACCGGCGCCCCCCGACCGACGGUUGACGCCGCCCACGGCGUCCUGCGGGAGUACCAGGAGAAGAUGAAGGCCGCGAUACCCUACGGCGAAACCAGCCCCGACUACACCUACUACCGUGUCAAGGCGCCGCUCACAGCCCUUAUCGACGCCCUCCUCGACUUCACUCCCCAGUAUCUGCCCCCCAACGAGACCCAGACCACUGUCUCGUUGCAAUAUCUGGACGGCGCCACCAAGAUCAUCCACCAACUCCCCGACUGGGAGCCCCAACAGUACCGCCACCACAAGGAGAGCGCAUAUGACGAGAUCUCCAAGGCCUGGGCCCUGGUCGUCAACGAGGCCGCCAAGCGCGGAGGCGGCCUCAGCCUGCACACCGGCGGAUGGGACGAGAUCCUGGCGAAACACCACGAAAUCUCUGGCGGACGCAUGGGCACGGCAAUGAACGCGAUGGCGGCGGGAGUGAGCUGGAUGGCCACCAACUCGGCGAACGGAGGAGGACAACCCGCAAAUUCUACAUCGGACCCGAACUCGAUUCUCAACCAACUCAUGUCUGGAACGUAUGGAGCGCCUGUGCGUGUUGGACCCUGGUAA